AACACUCAGGAAGCAAAGAAAGCAGGUAUGUGCCCGGGAGUGCAGAUGCCCACAGAGGCAGAAGAGGGCAUUAGAUCCCCUGGAGCCCGAGAGUUACAGCCUGUUGAGAAUCACCCUCUCAAUGGGGUGACUACUUGAAAGCAGCUCUGGUCCCCUGCAAGCCUCUGGAACUCUGCAAAGGCCCUGGAUUGUAUACACAGGAUGAAGACAGAAAAUAAAGGACCUACACGAAUUGCUUGUUUUUUUAAUUUUGGUUUUUCCAGACAGGGUUUCUCUGUGUAGCCCUGGAUGUCCUGGGACUCAUUCUGCAGACCAGGCUGGCCUCGAACUCAGAGAUCCACCUGUCUCUGCCUCCCGAGUGCUGGGAUUAAAGGAGUGCACCACCACUGCCCAGUUUAACGUGAGUGUAUUUUUAUUAGCUGUGUAAAUGACUGCAAUUAGAUAUAUUUUCAUUCUCUCUUCAAAAGAUCUCUUUAGUGCUAAAUUGAAGUCUAACUUUUGGGCUAACAGAUACGCGUUAUCAAACUUAAAAAGCAUAUAUAUAUAUAUAUAUAUAUAUAUAUAUAUUCCUGACACCUUACUGCCCUCUGUGCCUUCAUAUCUUUUGCCUACCCCGCAGGGUCCUCCACUGGACACAGGGUUUAAUCCAGUGUAUGAAGGACUCUGCCCCAACACCCACAACGUCUCGCAGUGUGGAAAGGGGGUGGGGUGGGCAGGCGAGAUGGGAUCCUCCUGGAUGGGAUCAGAACCCCGAGGGCAGCCAAGAGCUGCUGGGCAGUGGGGACGACCUCCAGGGCACGCAGAGGACACCCGUCAUCCUGAAGGGUCCGGUCCUGAGCUUCCCGCUCCGCCGUGACCCCUCCGGGUUUUCUUUUGUCCCUUCUCCACUCUGGACACCCACCCCUCCCCGCUGUCCCGAGCAGGCUGUCUUCCUUGACAAUCUCCACUCCACCCUCCGCUUCCUCUGGCCCGCUCCCGCGGUCCCCAGCCCUCCCCCACCCGGGGGGGGGGUGCGCAGUUUCCCGAGUCCCCUCCCCGCCCCGCCCCGCCCCUGUUUUUAAACCUGGCGCGGAGCGAGCGGGUAGGUGAGCACGCUCGGCGAGCAGGACGAGGCGCCGUCGGGCUGCGGGACUCGCGUGCCGCCCGCACCAUGAGACCCGAGGCGGCGGCCGGAGCCCGGGAGGCGCUGGGAAGCUUCUGCCGCUGUUCCAGGGAUGAUCCCGGGAGACCACCGCUGCCGCGCGGGCCCGAAAGUUCUGUUCCGGCUCUGUGGAGACCGUGGGUGCCGCCCCCUGGAGACGCGGAACUGACCAGAACUGAAAGCCGGUGUGAGCCUUGGGGGAGCCAGCAAACUUCGGGAUCAAAGGGAGCCUUUGGGUUCCAGCACCCAGUCAGGCUUUACUUACCCCUUUCAAAGCGACAAGAAUACCUGCAGAGCUCUGGGGAAAAAGUGCUGGCCAGCUUCCCAGUGCAAGCCACCAUUCAUUUCUACAACGAUGAAUCCGAGUCAGACUCUGAGGAGGAGCAAGAAGAGGAGGCUCAGCCCAAGUGUCUGCAGAGCCAGGAGGCAGCAGGACAGGACAGUGGCCCAGGAGGAAGGGACAGAGUAGGACUGGCAGGCCUAGAGGAAGGAAGGAGGGAUGGUGUCCGGGGUAAGGGUCAGCUGCAGGCAGGGGGCAGUGAGUGCUCCAGCAAGUGAAGUGAGUCUGGGGGCAGCCUUGCCAGGACGCAGGUGGAGUGUGUGCAUGUAUAUGAUUGUGUGUGUGUGUGUGUGUGUGUGUCUGCCUGUGUGAUCCAUACCUUUGGGUGUGUGUCAACACAGGCUGUUAUCAGGAAGAAGACUUUCCGAGCUCACUGAGCUCUCACUCUGAAAGCCACUCCCUCUAAGAACACCAUCCCUCCCUUGCCCAGAGACCCACUGUCCAGCCGUUCUUGCUUUCCUAAAAAUCAUUUAGAUAUUAACUACCAUUUUAAGGGUUCAUUUGGUUCCUCUUUAGCUGUCUGAAAAAAAUGUUCUUUUACUUGUGUAAAAACAAAAAAAAAUUGAAAUACUGAAUAAUUUCCACCAGAAUAAGAAGCAAGAAAAUAUGAUCUUUUUAGGGGAUAAAAUAGGUGUUUCUGAGAGCUGGAUAAGAGCUGUGUGUAUAAGUUGUAAAGGAUUAUUUUUUUUCUUACUUGGUGGCCAGCAUGGUCUUGUUACUUGCGUGGAAUGGCACUAUUUUUCAUUAAAGUAUCUUAUGUAAAAUUACUUUGAAUUUUAUCAUUUUGAUAGCCCAAGGACUGUGCUUCUCAAGGUUCCCCCCCACCAGAAUUAUCUUACCUGAUGCUGUGUUCCUGUUCAUACCACUUUGUAUGAAUUUUUAUU